CCACUCCCAACAACAUUUUCAUGUCUGUUUUGCAACCACGAGAACUCUGUAAUAGUGAAACUGGACAAAAAGUUGGGUCUGGGUAACUUAUCCUGCAAAGUCUGCGGUCAGCGCUUCCAGACGGGCAUCAACUACCUUUCUGCCGCUGUCGAUGUCUAUUCGGACUGGGUCGAUGCUUGUGAUGCUGUCGCAAAGAACGCUGCCGAUAAUUAUGAAGAUAGUGCUUCCCGUGGAGCACAGCUCCGCAGGUCACCUCCUUCUCCAGAUCAACUAGCCAAUUCUAGAGACUACGAUGAGGAUGAUUAUUGA